CCUCGUCGCCGCCACUAGAAUACCUCAAGAUCAAGACUACUAGUGCUAGUGUUGUUAUUACUCUUCCCAGACUUCCUACCAUGAACGUACUAUUCUCCAGGCUUUGGACGUCCUCACUCCCAGGACUCGUGGGAGGGGUCGCCAUGACCUGCAGGACUCUGGUCACACGCCCUCACCUGCCACACGCCCUCGCCGCUACGCCCACGCCCUUGUAUGGGGGCGUAGGCAUGACUGGCCUCGCCAGACCCCUGCUGCUGCCUCAGUCUCCCAUUGGUGGAGUUGGUGGGAGGACAAAUGUGCGGUGCCACUUCCCAAAGCCCAGCGAGAAGCGGCGAAUCAAGCGGCAUGGUUGGGAGAAACGCAUGUCGUCCUUCAGUGGCCGGGAGAUUCUGAGGCGGAGGAUUCUAAAGGGACGCCACGUGCUCAGCCACUAACGCGGGUCCUCUGAGGCUGUUUCUGACACCAGAACUACAUGAGGUUCUGGGAUGCCACAUACUCAGUCACUAACAGGUCCUUGGAGGCUGGGGUGGGUGUUGUACAAAGAUACUAUUGGUGAUGUCUGAUGAACAAGAAUAAGUGUAGAUCUAGAGGAAUAAAAAUGACUGGAUGAGA